AUGCCGAUACGCAGGAAGCGCUGCCUAGCAAAUAACCUUGGGGGAUACUCUAGGAAGAAAAUAUGUCUUAGUCCGACACCGACACCCCAGCAUGAAUGUAUGCAGCAAGGAACAGCAAAUGACACUCUUGCAUAUGACAUUCUCGAUACCGACAAUUUCAAUAUCGAACUAGACAGCAACAGUAGUGGAAGUCAGUUCGGUGAUGACAACUUUGAUGAAAACAUUGAUGACACCCCAAUCCCUCCUCCGAAAAAUGCUCUGUUUGAGCGUCUGUCUCAGUCCCAAAUAGCUCUGUCCCAUCUAGUCAGCAAGUGUGGUGCAAUAGCAGGAAACAAGGUCCAUUAUGCUGGGGCCACAAUCAACAGCAUCCCAGCAGAGCGGACCAAAUAUCUCCAUGCAGCCAAACAACGGGCUACAAAGAAAAAAGUGAACAAGAUGAUCCAAAAGACAAUGAUUGACAAGAGAAAGCGGACUAUAUGCGAUCAUUUCCCCCCCAACAACAUGCCUGACUCCCAUUCCCACUUCCCCAAUCAUAAACCCAUUGUUGUCAGUGACUCGGACACUGAGAGUGAAAACAAUCAGGGUGAAAUCGACAGUGAUCUUGAUGAUUGCCACAGUGUUUUGGGUCGCGAUAACUUUGAGAUCAAUGAUGUGUCACCAACCCCAAGCGCGAGUCUGAGUCUACCACCUGAAUCACUCACAGCAACCAAUCCACAAAGCCCCUAUGUCCCAUGUCAGCGCGCAUUACCACAAACAGCUGAACAAAUUGGAAUGGACUCAUUGCAUGAAGUAGUGGCAAAUGAGGAUGACCCCGCAUGA